AUGAAAACUACAACUGCAACCAAUUCAAUUCUUUUCAAACUUUAUUUUGCUCCUGGAGCAACUGAACAAAUUUCAAUUGAAUAUUACAAUUUGCAACAACUAAUUGAAAAAUUAGAGUUGAAAUUGGGAGAACUCGGACUCAAUUUCAAUGUUGUUUUCUGGAAAAAUGACAAAGGAAAUUUGAUUUCAAUGUCUCAGAAUGCUCAGAGAGUUCUGAAAAAGAUGGCUAACAGAGAUUCUGCUUCUAUUUUUGUGAUUGCUGAUUCUGAUUCAUCGGAUUCUUCAUCUGAUUCUUCUGAUUCUGGAGAUGAAGAUGUCAUUAUUGCUGAUGCUCCUGAAGUAGCUCCACAUCGUCGUCAUUGUGGAAGACGUGAUAGAUCCAGAAGUCGUGGAUUUGAUCGUUCAAGAUCUCGAAGCAGAAGUCGUUCAAAUUUCCAUGAUCAUCACAAGAGACAUCAAAUGAAGAAGCUCAUGUGGAAAAGAUUCCAAGAAUCCCAUGGACAUCCAGAAUUCAAAAGACGUCACUGUUUUGGUGGAAGACGUGCAAGAUCAGCAUCACCAAUUGGAAGAAGACCAUGUCGUGAAGGAGAAGAAUUCAAAAGACAUCCAUUAGGAUCAUUUGGAACACCUUGUGGAAGAGAAGAAUUUGAAGGUCCAACUGGAGGAUUCGGAAGACCAUUUGGAAGACGAGGAAUGGAUCAUCAUGGAUUCAAUUUCCAUAGACAUCAUCAUCCAUUUGGAGCAUUCCAUGGAUUCGGUGGUCAUCAUCAUGGAUUUGGUCAUGGAUUCGGACAUCAUGGAUUCAAGAGACAACAUCCAUUUGAACGCAGAUUUGGUCGAUGUUAA